CCAAACCUACAUGAAGAAAAAGAAACCUCCUUUUGUAUGUAAUUGAUCGAUGAGGUGACAACACCACACCCGACAUUUCAUUUUCAUUCCUUCCUAUUUCUUAUUUUCCAUCGAUCUUCAAACCACCGCACCGCAUGCCUUUUGAUUUCUGCGCCGGAUUGCACCGUCGGUUGAGCAAUUUGUCGAGGCACUGGAAAUUCCGCUGGAUGCGAAUGUUAUUAAUUCUCAAAGAUAAUUUCUGAAUUGUGUGCAGCUGCUUCAUGGUGACCUAGCCUAGCCUGUAAUUUUCGUUUUCCUCGAUAAGAAGGUUGUUGGUUUGAAAGGAUGCAGCGGCGGGAUCAGCGGAAGGAGGUCCCGAAAGGAGCUGAAUUUUUUUCAGAUUAUGGAGAAGCCAACAGGUACAAAAUUGUGGAUAUUGUUGGAAAGGGUAGCUAUGGAGUUGUUUGUUCUGCAAUUGACAUGCUUACGGGGGAAAAGGUAGCCAUAAAGAAAAUAACCAACAUUUUCGAGCAUAAUUCUGAUGCAAUUCGAAUUUUGCGUGAGAUUAAGUUGCUUCGCCUUUUGCGACAUCCUGAUAUUGUUGAACUUAAGCGGAUCGUUAUGCCACCCUCUAGACGUGAUUACAGAGAAAUAUAUGUUGUUUUCGAACUUAUGGAGUCUGAUCUUCAUCAUGUCAUAAAAGCCAAUAAUGAUUUGAAGCAAGAACACCAACGUUUUUUCCUUUAUCAAAUGCUUCGAGCGCUGAAAUACAUGCAUACGGCUAAUGUGUAUCAUCGAGACCUUAAACCAAAGAAUGUAUUAGCAAAUGGCAACUGUAAACUUAAACUAUGCGAUUUUGGAUUAGCAAGAGUGGCAUUCAAUGACACCCCAACGACAAUAUUUUGGACGGAUUAUGUUGCUACAAGAUGGUAUCGGGCUCCUGAGUUGUGUGGAUCUUUCUUCUCUAUGUAUACUCCAGCCAUCGAUAUUUGGGGCGUAGGAUGCAUAUUCGCGGAAGUCUUACUCGGGAGGCCGCUGUUUCCAGGUAAAAGUGUAGUGCAUCAACUGGACUUGAUCACCGAUCUUCUAGGGACACCGUCAACAGAUACAAUUUCCGGAGUAAGGAUUAUACCCUUUCUAGAAACUAUAUAUAUAUAUUUUUCCGGCACAAUCUUUUGUUCCCUAAUAUGUUUGAACUACUUUUGUUCCCUAAUAUGUUUGAACUACUUUUCCCUCUUACAGGUUCGAAACGAGAAGGCAAGGAAAUAUCUAAUGAGUAUGAGGAAAAAAUCCCCAGUGCCGUUCAUGGAAAAAUUUCUGAACACCGAUCCCUUAGCUCUCAAUUUAUUGCAAAGAUUGUUAGCAUUCGAUCCAAAAGAUCGGCCAAGCGCCGAAGAGGCUUUGGCUGAUCCAUAUUUUAAUGGUCUGGCUGAAAUCAAGAGGGAACCUUCUUGUCAGCCGCUAUCGAAGAUGGAAUUUGAAUUUGAUUGGCGCCGAGUGACGAAGUCAGAUCUCAAGGAGUUGAUAUUCCGGGAAAUAUUAGAGUACCAUCCUCAAGUUUCGAAGGACUAUUUGGCGGGAGGAAAUGGUGUCACUGGUUUUCUCUGUGUUCUAGUGCCGUGUGUCGUAUGAGGAUGCCGAUGGACAGUCGGGAGGCGAAUACUCGGAGAAUGGAGCCUUUGAUUCGGGUAGAUGCAAGUGUUUCUCAUCCAUGGUUAGUUCUUACAUUCUCUUUUACCUUGGAAUAGACAAAACUUGAAUUCCCUUGGUCUAGAUUACAAGGGUUCCUAUAAAAAUUGAUACAUGUAAUUUAUUUGUAUAUAUACAGUUAAAAUUUGAUUAAUAUUAGUUUAUAAGCAAUGUAUAAAUCCUAUCCGUUAGAAUUUG